UGACAUUACGCGCGGUAACCGUUUAUUCGUUAAUCGUUUUGCAUUAAUUAUCGCAAAGGACUUACAUUAUACGGAUUGUAUCACUUAAACGAUCCGUUUCUCCGGAUAUAAUUUCUUACAGUUUCGAAGGAUGCUGCGAAUAUUUCAGAGGCAAAUUUUCCGAAAUGUACGAUGUGAUAGAAGAUUGAACACAUGGUCACCCCUCGCCACAACGUUUAAUUCCAUUGAUAAGUAUCAUCCGAUAAGUUUAUUAAAGAAAGAAACGGGAUUGUUUGGUAUUCCGGAGCUAAAAACUGAGGAUGGCUUUGAUACAUUAAAAAAUCAUGCACUGGCAGAAGUCAACAUUCUCAUCAAAGAAGUGACAAGCAAGGAUAGAAAGAAAAAAAUGGUAGAAAUAUUUGAUGAAUUAUCCAAUACGCUAUGUAAAGUGGCGGAUUUGGCAGAAUUUAUUAGAGUCGCACAUCCUGAUCAACGAUAUGUUCGAGCUGCUGAAGAUGCUUGUAUAACUGUUAGUGGCAUUGUUGAAAAAUUAAAUACACAUCGUGAGUUGUAUGAUUCAUUAAAGCAAGUAACAAGUAAUGGUGAUACUCAAAUGACAUCUGAUAUAGAUGAUCAUGUAGCUAAAUUAUUCUUAUUUGAUUUUGAGCAAUGUGGUAUACACUUGCCUGAAAAACAAAGAAGAAGAGUAGUACAGCUAAAUAAUUAUAUCCUGCAAGUAGGACAAAAAUUCAUGGCUGGUGCCGUUACUCCAAGGACAGUUAAUGCUGAUGUAAUACCUGAUGUUAUCAGGCAAUAUUUUGUUACGGAGAAUGGUCAGAUAUUAGUGCAAGGAUUUUACAUAGAUUCUUCUAAUACUGCUGUUCGCGAAGCGGCAUACAAAUUAUUUUUAUUCCCGGAUAAGGAACAAGAAUAUUUAUUAGAUGAACUUUUGCACUCCAGGCAUCUGCUGGCGGAAUCUUGCGGAUUUACAUCAUACGCACACAGAGCUAUAAAAGGAAGUACGGUUAAAUCUCCAGUUGUAGUAAAGGAAUUUCUUAAUAUAUUAAGCGAUAAUUUACAACCUAAAGCGAUGCAAGAUUUUCAAGAGAUGCAGAAAAUGAAAAAUGCUGAGUCGCGUAUAAAACAAGAAUUAAUGCCAUGGGAUGCACCUUAUUUUAUAGCAAAGGCGAAAAAAGCUUGGUUAAAUACUUCUACUACUGAAUUUGCUCCAUAUUUUUCUCUUGGUGCCUGUAUGGAGGGUUUAAAUUUCCUCACACAGUCUUUGUACAGAGUUAAGCUCGAAUCCGUUCCAGUGUUAUCCGGAGAAGUAUGGGCGAAUAAUGUUCACAAAUUAGCUGUGAUAGAUGAAGAGGAAGGAAUUUUGGGUUAUAUCUAUUGUGAUUUCUUUGAAAGAGCAGGGAAACCUAAUCAAGACUGUCACUUUACAAUCCAAGGUGGAAAACAACUUUCCGAUGGUUCUUAUCAGAAUCCCAUCGUUGUGGUCAUGCUGUCACUGCCACAUCCACGUUGGUCAAAUCCAUGUUUAUUAAGUCCGUCAUCUGUGGACAAUUUGUUUCAUGAAAUGGGACACGCAUUACACUCUAUGCUUGGUCGAACGAAAUAUCAACAUAUUACUGGUACUAGAUGCAGCACAGAUUUCGCGGAAGUACCUAGUGUAUUAAUGGAAUAUUUUGCGAGUGAUCCUAGGGUUGUAUCAAAAUUCGCAAAGCAUUUUCAAACUCAAGAACCAAUGCCAGAAAAUUUAUUACACAAAUUAUGCGCUUCAAAGAAUAUCUUUUCUGCCUCUGAAUUACAAAACCAAGUAUUCUAUAGUAUGUUGGAUCAAGUAUAUCAUAGUGGUAAACUAACGAAAUCUACAAUUGAGAUUUUAGAAGAUGUACAGAAGGAAUAUUAUGGCCUUCCGUAUGUGAAAAAUACGGCAUGGCAAUUGAGAUUUUCUCAUUUGGUUGGAUAUGGUGCAAAAUAUUAUUCUUAUUUAAUAUCUCGUGCAAUUGUCGCAUGGAUUUGGCAAACCUACUUUCACAACGAUCCUUUCAGUCGAUCAGCUGGCAAUUGUUAUAGAAGAGAAUGCUUGGCGCACGGAGGCGGUAAACCGGUAUCGUUGUUAUUGUCGGAUUUUUUAAAUAAAGAAGUUAAUGCUGAUACAUUUGCAAAAUCAUUAAUAAACGAAGUUGAUAUGAAAAAUCUACAUGUGCAAACAAUAAAAUAA